AUGAUUGGACCCCCUGACACCAGAUGCAGAGAUAGGCGAUGUGAAUAUCACAAGGACCAUGGCCAUUACACUGACAGUUGUUAUGCACUGAAGGAUAAUCUGGAGGACUUAGUGCAGGACGACCGACUGGCACAACAUGUCCGCAAGGGUAACCCACCUAACACGACAACCCUACAGCCGAACUCGCCUCUGCUUGGUUUGAUUCACAUGAUAUAUAGUCUUCCACCCCCAACUCAGGUGCAUACGAUUCAGAUACAACCUAGCCUAUCCAAGUCAUUCAAAUUAGCCAAACGGUGUCACAAAACCGAACAAAUCAGUUUCGACGACACUGACCUCAAAGGGGUCACGCUCCCCUAUAACGAUGCCCAUGUCAUUGAAUUACACGUCAGUAGAUUCACCGUCGAACGCGUUGUGAUUGAUCAGGGAAGCACCUCAGAGAUCAUGUAUUACAAGACAUUUCUCAAACUCAGUUUUACCGAAUUGGACUUGUUGCCGACGGAGUAUCCCCUGUUCGGCUUCAAUGCGAACCCAGAGUAUCCUUUGGAGAAGAUCACUGUGUCAGUACGUGCAGGAACCAGGUCAGUUGACGCGGAGUUUGUAGUCGUCAAGCUUUCGUCAUUAUACAAUCUCAUCAUGGGAAGAACCUAG